CUUCGUGGGUAUUUAGAAGAAACGUAAGAAUAAUUUCGGAAUAUCCUCGGUUGUGUUAACUCAGCAUUUCCGAAUGUCGUAGUGGUGGCCAUAUUCCUCACCUUGAACACAACCAUGGUGCACCCGGAGAGAUAUUUGUUGCAGCAAACUGUUGCCAAAAGAAUUGGCAGACUAUUUAGUCUGAAUAAUUAUCCAUAUGUUAUGUCAUUUCUCCGACCGCCUCCAACCCCUCCAAAAAGAUAUGAUUUCCUACCUAAAGAGUUCAAAGAAGACCAAUUUUUGGACAAAGGUCUACCAAUGCAAGAUGUAGCUGAGGAAACUACAGAUGGUUUCAUGCCUGACCAGGCCUUCUCCAAGUAUGGGAGAUUCCGUUAUCAUUUCAAUCAGUACUCAGCACGGGGGCUGUGGCAUGUGGGUUUAUUUUUCAUUUUUGGAUGGGGAACCAUUUUCUAUCUAGCUAAACGAAAGUUUGGAAAAGUAGUGGACAAAGCGAACGAGAGGAACAAGAAAGUGAACGACGCUUUAAAGAGGCAGAAAGCAAUGGACUUAGCAGCUGAGCAGGAGAGAGCCAAGAAAAUCUUGGCUGAGAGAUCACUAACUCUGUAGACUAUUGAAAUUACUUAUACCAUCUCGUGUUGUUUUUGGAAUAAAUUUUCGAAAUACA